CAAAUUCGAAACGUAAUCGGCUAUAUACAUGGCAAUGAAGAGCCAGAUCGCUAUGUGAUUCUUGGAAAUCACUAUGAUGCUUGGACAUAUGGUGCGCUGGAUCCCAAUUCCGGCACAUCCAUUCUUGCCGAGGUGGCCAGAGCCAUGAUGCAAGUGGUGAACGAAACCGGAUGGCGCCCAGCACGAUCACUGAUGUUUGCUGCCUGGGAUGCUGAGGAAUAUGGCCUCCUCGGUUCGACCGAAUUUGUCGAAGACUUCACAGAGCUGCUCACACGAAGAGCAGUGGCUUAUUUGAAUAUGGAUUGUCUCCAGGGAAAUCAAACCAUAUUUGUUGAAUCUGUGCCUUCGCUCCAGGACCAAGCCAUUCAGGCAGCGAAGCACAUCAAAAAUCCAAGACAAGAUGAAAAAGAUGUGAACGGAACAACAGUUUUUGACGCUUGGUUGCAUUAUAUGAAAGAUACUCGAAAUCCAGGUCUUCCCCGAAUUCCCACUCCUUCCGGAGGAUCUGAUCAGAAAUCGUUUAUGGAAUACUUGGGUAAGCAAGUAAAGCAAUUCAACCACACGUUGGUUUGGUCUCUGUGA